AUGGAGGACCUGGAAUUUUUGGGUUCUUGCGCAGAGUCUGAGAUAACAGAACAGGAAACGACAGAUCUAUCCGCUUACUCGGACAUCUGUCAGAAUCCCCUAGUGCUCAGGCUCCUGAACGCACACCCAGAGGAGACUGAUGAGGCAGACGAAUACGAGGAGACGGAGGAGGACCAGGAAGCAGAGGAGGAGGACGACGACGACGAUUUGGAGGUGGUUAAGAGGGCCGACCAGCAAGACCUGGGAGACAAAUGCGCCAACUUUGACGAGUCAACCAAAUCCAGUGACUCCUUCAAGCUCCACAGAGUCUUUGAACCCUCCUCGCACUUCGAAGCCCCUGCACACUUCAAGGCCUACAAGCCCUCCACGCACAUGGAGGCCCUUAAACCUUCCAUACACUUCGAGCCACAUAGAACCUCCUCACCCCCUAAGACGUUCGAGCCUAGUACACCCCACAAGCUCCAGGGGACAAAUGUGGUCCACACGACCCGCAAGGCUCAGGAGCCUACCCUGUCCCUGGAGCCCCUCAAGCUCCAGAAGGCUGAAAAGGUGGACUUGCUUCCUACGGCUACAGUGAUACUGUCCCCUUCCCUCAUCACUAGAUGUCCUCCACGGCUUCCUGAGGCUUCUUUUCUUUCAGCACGACCUACUUCCUGUGACUUUGUAAAGAAAUGUUCUUUUUCUAGAAAAAGAAUCCAAGCUCUUUCUAGGCCUAAAAGACAAUGGGGAAUUCCAGAUCGAUGUGUGCUUUGGGGAAAUCAAGAUCCCAUCCGUCCUAUUUCUAAGCAUGCUUUGAAGGCUCAGCUAACAGAGAGACUUGAGAAUCUUGCUCAGCCCAGGAAAGCUUCCCUCCGUUAUGUACCCAACAGGGCUCAGUAUUGCUACGGCUGUGGGAGAGAGUCCGUAAUUUGGAAAGUUCCCCAUGCUGCAUUGUUUACCAAACCCUCCAAAAGGAUCCAGAAACUGGCACAGCCCAAUAAAUUAAAAAAACAGUAUCCGCUAUAUAGGCCCAGCAGUGAUUACUUUCCAAGAGAGUGUGUUCGCUUCACCGAUCCUUCUGCCCGGAUUCUGCAACUCUCCAUGGCAAAAGCUAUAGAUCCAAACUACAUUCCUCCCAAAGGUCUUGAGAACAAAAUUCCAGCAUCUGCCUUGAGUGCUAUUGCAACUCCAAGGAUUAUAGACCUUGCCCACCCAAGGAUCAAGUUAGAGGGGCUCUGCUACGAGAGAGAGAGAAGUGAGAAGCCCAUCCGUCCUAUACCCUCUGCCGCCAUGUUAGCUGUACCUAGUCCUCGAAUAACCGAUCUAGCUAAGUCGAAGCCCGUUCAUCCAGACUAUCUCCCUGCCCGGGACGCCAAAUGGCCAGUGUCUUAUGCUGCUACCCAUUCAAAAGUAUCUCCUAGAAUUCUGGAGCUUGCGAAUCCAAAUACAAGGACUCCUGUGAAUGUGACAUAUUACGACCCCGAUGCCUUUAAAGUCAAGCCAGCUGCUCUGACCGCACAUUGUUCUGCCAGAGUCCAACAGUUGGCAGAACCUGUUGUACACUAA